GUACACCGACUUCGAAUCAUCUAGCUCGCCAUGAAGAUCCCCAUUGCCGGUGCUGUUGCUCUCGCACUCUCCUCCACGGCGUGCGCGACUGCUGUGCAGAAGGAGCCCCGUGCCACGGGCGGAUACGUGCAGAAUCCAUCGGGAUCCGCGUCCUUCACCUACUACUCUGGUUGCGGUUCUCCGGCAUGCGGCAAGAGCGCAACUGGAUACACCGCCGCCAUCAACCAGCUGGCGUUCGGGUCCUCUCCCGGUGCUGGUGCCGGUGAUGCAUGCGGUCGCUGUUUUGCGUUGACUGGGUCUGCAGACCCUUACUCGCCUUCCUUUACGGGACCGUUCCACUCAAUUGUCGUGAAGGUGACGGACAUGUGCCCCGUGCAGGGAAACCAGGAGUGGUGCGGACAAACGACGUCGAACAGCGUGAACCAGCACGGCCAGCCAUUCCACUUCGAUAUCUGCCAGGACACCGGAGGAGCAAACGCGUUCUUCCCGUCCGGACACGGUGCGCUCACUGGAACAUUCCAAGAAGUUUCGUGUUCGCAAUGGUCGGGAUCGGACGGCGGCUCAUUGUGGAACGGAGCUUGCCUCAGCGGAGAAAGCGCCGGUAACUGGCCUUCCACUGGAUGUGGCAACCAGGGCACGGCGCCAUCUUGAUCCCAAGGCUGACACUGAAGAAUCACGACCGUUCUGGACUAAACGCAUGUGGCUGUUGUGAAUAUGUAUGCAUCUCUUUCGAUGUUUCGGCAUUCUGGUUGCCGCCGCCUGCCUUUUAUGAGCCUCCAGAAUCAGCCUGGGAGCGGGAGCUCCCUCACCGCGAACAUUUCGAAACCAUCCAGUCUCGCACUAUGCUCGUGCCGUGCGGACUCGACACUCCGCCACGAACUUUGAGUGGAUUGGAGAGUUCGGCGCUGCGAGCGGCUCCCACGUCAGUCCAGCGCGAGGAACCACCCGCGUUACCCACUCUGACGUCGGCGACCUCGUUCUCCUUGGUGAGGGUAACCGUCGUUCCAUGUCGAAUUGCACGAUGCACCUAUAAGGAGGAUUAGGCCGUGCAGGCGCUGACGAGACCGUCUCUAAGGCGUAGGAAGACCUAGGAUCGUGAAACCCAAUACUAGUAGACAAUCAAUUCAGCAAGAUGAGACAAUCAAUGUCGAAUGGCCCAUGACUUCAUGCAUCUACGUCCAUCGUUGUCGAUCGCUCUUCUGCAAUUGAUUGUUCCG